UGUACUGUGUACCGAAGAAUAACAGUCUUCCUCAGCUCUGGAUCACAGCUAGAGCUAACGAUUUAGCAAAUACAUUUAAGAUAAUAAUUUACGAUCUUUUAUCAUUUUCAUGAAGCAGUUUGACACAAAAAAGGCCAACGAUACUUGCGGACUUCGAUAAGUUACGUGUCGGAAUGAUCGUCUGCUGUGAAAGCAAGAGUCAUAGCUAGCGUCCAGACUGCCCACCGGGAUUUAACUCGUUUUCUCUGCCGUUUGUUUAGUCGAUAACAUUAUAAAGCAGUUUACAGUUUGGAUGGUGGCUGAUCUGUGGGUCACUUUGGCUCUGACACGCGCGUGCAAGAUGUUCGUCAAUCACUCGGGAUAGCUUGCGGUUUUUAUUUCACCAUAUCAAAGCAGUUUAUCUGGUUGGCGUGGAAAUAACACAGACCCUUUCUUGCAUGUAAUGCCAACUACAUAUCCAUCUGGAGCAAAGAAAGACGAGGAGUUCACCAGGCAGCAUGAGAACUACAUGAGCAAAUAUCAGAGAUAUUUUAAAAGAGAUCUUUUCAACAUUACCAAGGGUAAAGUCGUACAUGUACGUGCUUCGUGUGAGCCAGAGAGUGUCGUGAAUCUGUCACAUCAUGUCUGAGGACAGCAGCGUGGACAGAUUCAUUAAGGAGACAUCAAUCUUGGAUGAGUAUAACAUCAACUGGACACAGAAGCUGGGGGCUGGCAUUAGUGGUCCUGUGAGGGUUUGUGUGAAGAAGUCAACACAAGAAAGAUUUGCCCUCAAGAUCUUAAUCGACAGAUCCAAAUCUCGCAAUGAGGUGAGACUUCAUAUGAUGUGUGCCUGUCACCCCAACAUUGUUAAGAUAAUGGAGGUGUAUGCCAACAGUGUGCAGUUUCCACAUGAAUCCAGUCCAAGGGCAAGGUUAUUGAUCGUAAUGGAGAUGAUGGAGGGCGGCGAGCUCUUCCACAGAAUCAGCCAACACAAGCACUUUACAGAGAAGAUGGCCAGCCAGGUCACAAAACAGAUAAGUCUUGCUUUGCAACACUGUCAUUCAUUAAACAUCGCACAUCGAGACCUGAAGCCGGAGAACCUGCUCUUCAAAGAUAAUUCACUGGAUGCUCCUGUUAAACUGUGUGAUUUUGGUUUUGCCAAAAUCGAUCAGGGCGAUUUAAUGACCCCACAGUUCACACCCUACUAUGUGGCACCUCAGGUGCUGGAGGCACAAAGACGCCACCAGAAAGAAAAAUCUGGAAUUAUUCCCACCUCGCCCACCCCGUACACGUACAAUAAGAGCUGUGACCUGUGGUCUCUGGGUGUGAUUAUAUACGUCAUGCUGUGUGGAUAUCCUCCAUUUUACUCCAAACACCACAGCCGCACCAUCCCCAAAGACAUGCGCAAGAAAAUCAUGACGGCCAGCUUCGACUUCCCAGAGGAGGAGUGGAGUCAGAUAUCUGAGAUGGCCAAAGACAUCGUCCGCAAGCUACUGAAAGUCAAGCCGGAGGAGAGGCUCACCAUAGAAGAAGUGUUGGCCCAUCCCUGGCUCAACUGCACUGAGGCGCUCGACAAUGUGCUUCCAUCCGCUCAGAUGAUGAUGGACAAGGCAGUAGUGGCAGGAAUCCAACAGGCUCAUGCUGAGCAGCUGGCCAACAUGAGGAUACAGGACCUGAACGUCAGCCUGAAACCCAUCAAGUUUGUCAACAACCCCAUUCUGAGGAAAAGAAAGCUGCUCAGAACCAAACCCAACGACGAACUCUUCAUCAGCGAUCCGGAGAACGAACCCGAGGACACAAACGUGGCUCUGGAGAAACUGAGAGAUGUUAUAGCACAGUGCAUCUUGCCACAGGCUGGUGAUAAUGAAAACGAGAAACUGAAUGAAGUGAUGCAUGAAGCGUGGCGCUUCAAUCGAGAAUGUAAGCUUCUCCGAGACGGAUUGCAAGGGUUGAGUUGGGAUGGUAGAACCUUCUCGGACAAAGUAGAUCGCUUAAAAUUGGCUGAAAUUGUAAAACAGGCCAUUGAAGAAAAGACAAAUUUACAGGACUCCCAAUAGCAAUUAAAUUGCUCUAAUUAAACUCCAUUUUGUACGGUUUAAUAUUGUCAUUAGGUAAAUGACCGCCAGGAAUCCUUUUGUAUCAAAGCGCAGGCAUUUUUCCACAGUCCUGCUGUAAAUCUGUAGGUAAAGCCGAGAUGAUGUUGGUACGAUUUGAUCUGCAGUAAAGAAAUGUGUUUUAAAAAAUGUAGCAUUUUUCAUAAUCAUUUAUGAAAAAUAAAGAAACCUAGGGGGAAACGAUCAGUUCUUCAUUACUCGAGAAGUGGUGGGCAUUUAAAACAAUGCUGUCAUGGGAUUCUUUUUAAGUUGUUUGGUCAGAAGAUGCUUUCCUGAGGAGACUUGUGUGUGUGCGCACGCAAGAGAAAGAACAACAAGGUGGUGUUGUAGUCCAAACCACUCAAAUCAAGACUAAGGCAGGUUUAUCUGAGAAAUUUAACGGAAAGACUUGUAUAACCCUAAAUAUCUAAAAUAGACAAUAAUGAAGUGAAUAUUAUGUGUAGGAAUUUUUCUACAAGCAAACAAAUAAAAAACUUUUUCUAUUGCUGAAAUAGACACAAUUUUUGCUCCGUUAAAAAUUGUUUUCUUGUAUAUUGAAUGUUUGUAUCAAAUAAAUGUCAUGUUUUUAGUACA